CUGGAACAGGGCCAUCUCAAAUACUUUCAGAGGUGCCUCCUGUCUCCUCAGAUUCACCUGCAGAACCUCUGUAGGCAGUGGCUGUGUUUUCCAUAGUCCUUUGUCCAGAACUCAAUGAAGCCAGUCUGUGAUCCUAAAUCUUGACAGAGCUUUAUGGAACCCCAUCCUGGGAGGCUCCCCCAUAUGGAACCAAGGGCCUGGUGUCCAGCUGUCGCACCUUCCAUAGAGACAAAGUUCCAUGUUCUUGUGGGGGUCACUGGAAGCGUUGCUGCCCUGAAGUUGCCUCUUCUGGUAUCAAAACUCUUGGACAUUCCCGGGCUGGAAGUCACGGUGGUAACAACUGAGAGAGCCAAACACUUCUACAGCCCUCAGGACGUUCCUGUCACCCUCUACAGUGAUGCUGAUGAAUGGGAGAUGUGGAAGCAGCGCUCUGACCCAGUUCUCCACAUUGACCUGCGGAGAUGGGCAGACCUCAUGCUAGUGGCUCCUCUCGACGCCAAUACUCUGGGCAAGGUGGCCAGUGGCAUCUGUGAUAACUUGCUUACCUGUGUCAUCCGGGCCUGGGACCGCAGCAAGCCCCUGCUUUUCUGCCCAGCCAUGAACACCGCCAUGUGGGAGCACCCCAUCACCGCACAGCAGGUGGGCCAGCUAAAGGCCUUCGGUUAUGUGGAGAUUCCCUGUGUAGCCAAGAAGCUGGUGUGUGGAGACCAAGGUCUCGGCGCCAUGGCUGAGGUGGAGACCAUUGUGGAUAGAGUGAAAGAAGUAUUCUCCCAACACAGAGGCGUCCAGCACACAUGAGCUGGGGUUUCUGUCGUGGUGUCCUGCACUCGCGUGUCCUCAUGCUGAGCUAGGGGAAGAAGGACGGCAGCAGGACAUGAAGAUCCUGCUUUGCGGAGGAGGGCCUGGCCUGGACCUGCUCCAGGGUCACCUGGACUGCAGACCCAAGCUCUGCCUUUCAACCAGCCUGCUUCCUGGAUCCCCGCCAUAUUAUCCCUGUGGUCCUGGAGUGAACAGGAGACUUCCGUUAUGCCUUCUGCCUAGGAGUCACUUUUAGAAAUACCUUGGCUGAAGCUGGGAAUAGAGACUCACACCUGUAAUUCCACCACUCAGGAGGCUGAGGCUACAGAAUGAGAACCUUUCUCAAAAAAAAAAAAGGAGGGGGGCUGGAGGGAUGGCUUAGUAGUUAAGGCGCUU